AUGAGCCUCCUGUCCAGCUGCGCGGCCCCUGUCCCGGGUCCUUCGGGCUCCUUGUGCGCGCUGCUCGCACUGCUGCUGCUGCUGACGCCCCCAGGGCCCCUCAGCCCAGUUGGUCCUGUCGCUGCUGCGUUGAGAGAGCUGCGUUGCAGUUGUUUACAGACCACGCAGGGAGUUCAACCCCAAAUGAUCAGUAAUCUGCAGGUGUUCGCCAUAGGCCCGCAGUGCUCCCAGGUGAAAGUGGUAGCCUCCCUGAAGAACGGGACUGAAGUUUGUCUCGAUCCACAAGCCCCUUUUCUAAAGAAAGUCAUCCAGAAAAUUUUGGACGGUGAAAACAAGGACAACUGAUGAAGAGAAAUGAGUAGGCGUGGAAGCGUUUCCCAGUCUUCAGCAGAGCAGUUUUCUGGAGGUCUCCAGACCCAGGGAAGACAAGAAGGAAGGAUUUUGAUUUGUUUGUUUGCUUGUUUAUUUGUUUUUCCAGUAGUUAGCUUUCUUCCUGGAUUCCUCACUUUGAAGAGUGUGAGGAAAACCUAUGUUUGCCCCUUAAGCUUUCAGCUCAGCUAAUGAAGUGUUUAGCAUAGUACCUCUGCUAUUUGCUGUUAUUUUAUCUGCUAUGCUAUUGAAGU